AUGCCCGUAACACGAAUAUUACGCAAUGUCUACCAGUUUGGGAACCCCCAGCUGAGGAUCUUUAGACCUAACUGGUUUUUGACCCUGGUGCGGCCGGGAAAAGAGCAGCCUCCUGACACUGUCCAGUUUCGCGUCCCCAUGGAUAUGACCAAAUAUGACGUAAAGAACUACUUGGAGAAGAUCUACGAUGUCCCUGUUGGGGCCGUCCGCACCAGGAUACAGUUUGGAUCAAACAAAAAGAGGAACCACCUCUACCAGAAAGUUAAGAAGCCAGACUACAAAGUUGCCUAUGUUCAACUGGCACAGGGCCAGACGUUCAGCUUCCCUGACAUCUUCCCAGAAAAGGACCGGACGCCAGCGGAGGGCUCCAUGGAAGAGAUGCAGGACAAGUUCAUGGAGGACGAAAAGCAGAGGCAGAAACUCGACCCCAGGAGAGGAGGGGUCACUGAGUGGUUUGGACUCUGA